AGCACAGCGCCUGCGCAACCCAACAAGCGGAGGGGCAGCGCCUUGUGCUGCAGCCAAUCACGUUGUAGAGGCGUGGCCUUUCCGAGCCUGGGCGUGGAGUGAGUGGGGCUGCAGGGCCCGGAAGGAAGGCGUACGAGGGGGUGGAGCCACUUACAGGCUCUGGAGUUCCGCUGCCGGUGGCGGCGAGAGGCGGCAGCGGCCUCGGCCAAGAUGGUGUCGUGGAUGAUCUCCCGAGCGGUUGUGCUGGUGUUUGGGAUGUUGUACCCUGCUUAUUAUUCUUACAAAGCUGUGAAGACAAAAAAUGUGAAGGAAUAUGUUCGAUGGAUGAUGUACUGGAUUGUGUUUGCUCUUUAUACAGUUACUGAAACAGUAGCAGACCUAAUGAUCUCUUGGCUUCCAUUGUAUUAUGAGUUGAAGAUCGCUUUUGUUAUUUGGCUGCUCUCUCCAUAUACUAGAGGGGCAAGUUUAAUGUAUAGGAGGUUUCUCCAUCCUCUCCUUUCUUCAAAGGAACGGGAGAUCGAUGGGUAUAUUGUACAAGCCAAAGAACGAGGUUAUGAAACUAUGGUGAAUUUUGGGAGACAGGGUUUAAAUUUGGCAGCUACUGCUGCAGUGACUGCUGCUGUAAAGGGUCAAGGAGCAAUAACUGAACGGUUGAGAAGUUUCAGUAUGCAUGACUUAACAGCUAUUCAAGGAGAUGAGCCAGUGGGACAAAGACCCUAUCAGACUUUACCUGAAAUCAAAAAGAAAACCAAAAGUUCUGUCAGUGAGUCUCUGGGUUACAGAAUUCCAUUGAAAAAAGAUUCUGGAGAUGAUAAUACAGAUGAGGAAAUGGAGGGGACUCAUUCAGAAGAUGAAAUGUUUGCUCAGAGGGGUCUCAGACGAUCACAAAGCAUGAAAUCUGUGAAAAGUAUUAAAGGCCGUAAAGAGAUACGAUACGGCUCAUUAAAAUAUAAAGUAAAGAAGAGGCCUGCGGUGUAUUUUUAAGUGUACUACACUUUAAAGACAAAAUGCUGUACUACAGUAACUUUACUUAGCAUAUCAUGUGUUCAGGAUUUGUGUGUGUGUAUAUAUAAAACUUUAAGCAUGGUGGUAGGACUCAUUUUUAUCAGUCUAAACAGCUGUAUAAGAUGCUUCCAAUCUUUAAUGGCUUAUCAUUUUGACUUGACUGUUAAAUCUGGCUAGGAAAAAUUCUAGGUUUCUGCACUCAUUAAACUUUGUAAGAAUUUAAUGAAUGACAGAAACAAAGCCUGAUUUUUUUCAAAGAUACUGAACAGCUGCAAAUUCCAUUAACAUCAGUUGAACUUGGUGGUGUUCAGCUCUUACAAAACUUAAGCUCAUAGUGUUUCCUAGUUUACAAUGCAAAAAUAGGUAUACUUGAAUUUUUUUUCUAAACCACGAUUCCUGAAAAAGCUUUCAUAAUUGUGUAAAAAUGUACAGUUUUAGAGGACAGUUGAAUGAAGG